UUCUCAAUUCAGUUCAAUUCAAUGCCGCCCAAACAAACGAUCGCUGAGCUGCAGCACUUGUAUGAUGAACGCUGGAUCUAUCCACCGAAACUAAAACCGCCAAAGAUCAAGAUUAUAGCCUGCGGCCGGGAUCCUUCGUAUGGCGGAAAAAAGCCUGUGUACAAGCCCUGCUGGGAGAACCCCCUCUCAGUUACCAACGAUGCCCGCUUCGGCCCGUGCUGGGAGUAUCCGCCGGAGCGAUACAAGCGUCGCCCUUUGCCGCCACCUUGCCGGGGAGCUACUAUACCACUCGAUGUACUGGAGCCCACAUUAGAUCACUGCAAGACGCUUUACACCAUCUAUGAUUUCAGACUGGAGCAGUGCGUCCAUGAGCAGAUUCUUCUGCUAGAGACGCAGUUCAAGGAGCUGGAGAAACAGCUGGCUGGAGCCAAGGUCUUGCAGAUUAAAAUGGCCGAGACAAUGCGCUAUCACGCCAUGCGCUAUCGACUGCUGGUCGGAGAAAGUUGCUGCACCAAUAUCUAUCCCGAGUACCUAAGUCGAAUGACCGCCGAACGAUCGCUGUGCGAGUUCCAGAAGGCCUACAAUGUCAUUAACCAGUCCAAUGACCAGCUAUCGAAAUCUCUGUUGAGCAUUCGCCAGUCCAGGAAGGAGUUGGAGGUGCGUUUGAGCAAGCUGGAUCGUACUUUGCAGAGCCCGUUCCUACUCAAGCUGGACCACGUGCUGCAGACCAUCGAUGACAUUAACCAGUACUUCUUCGGUGUGGCCGUCAAGCUUCUGACCUGGGCCGAGCUUAUGGACCCCAACAAGGAGUACUCCAUUGAGGACUAUCUGGCGUUGCUCUCGAAGAAGCGUGAUUUCAAGAGCUUCCUGCGUGCCGGAACAGAGCACUGCACCUGCAAGCGCUGCAACAAAAAGGACCCACUGACCCCGUAUUGCCCUUCGUGGUGCCGGAAAGAGGACUCCAGUGAGGAUUGUGUCAAGCGGCGUACGAACAACUAUCUUUGCAAUAUUGGUAUCGCUGCCAAGCUGACUCGCAGUGACAGCAAAUUUAGCACAGAGUCCAGUGACACCUCCAGACUGGUGAAAAUGUCACAGAAAGUUGAAUAAAAGUUAU